AUGAAGGGAGGUGAACAAGAAUUCCGCUUCGAUACGGACCACGAGAAGAUCUUCCGACAGGAGAGCAGUUUCUCGUACCUCACCGGUGUCGAGGAGCCUGGGUGCUUCCUGACAAUCGAACUGGAGACUGGCAAAUCCGUGCUGUUUGUGCCUGAUCUGCCGAUGGAGUACGCUGUUUGGAUGGGUGUUGUAUACCCCAAGUCGUACUACGAGGAGAAGUAUGGAGUGGAGGAGGUCUUGUUCGUGGAUGACAUUCCUGCAUACUUCAAGGAGAAGAAUCCCAACCCCAUCUUCAUCAACCGGGGUGUGAACACAGAUAGCGGCCACACCACCAUGGAGGCGACGUUUGAUGGCAUUGACCAGUACAAGGUAGACUAUGAACGCUUGUUCGGUGACAUUGGAGAAUGCCGCGUCAUUAAAACUCCCCAAGAGCUUGAGGUAAUGCGGUACGUUGCCAAGAUCUCCAGUGAGGCCCACAAGCAGGUAAUGCGUAAGAUGCAACCGGGCAUGAUGGAGUACCAACUGGAGUCUCUGUUCCUGCACGAAUGCUACGCUCGUGGCGGUGCUCGAUGUGUCGCGUACACGUGCAUUUGCGGUGCCGGACACUCCGGCGCCACUCUCCACUACGGCCGAAACAAUAAGCGCGUGGAGGACGAUGAGAUGUGUCUAUUCGAUAUGGGGUGCGAGUACCAAUGCUACACCUCAGAUAUCACUUGCUCAUAUCCUUCGAACGGAAAGUUUUCGGACAAGAUGAAGGUCAUCUACAAUGCCGUGCUGGCAUGUGUCAAAGCUGUAAGCAAGGAAGUCAAGCCUGGUGCCUACUGGCCUGAUCUACACCGUCUGUCCGAGCGCACCAUGUGUGAGGAGCUUAAGAAGGCUGGGCUUCUCCAGGGCGAUGUGGAUAAUAUGAUGAAGCACUUCAUCGGCAGCUCGUUGCAGCCACACGGUUUAGGUCACUUAAUGGGACUUGAUGUGCACGAUAUUGGCGGCUACCCUGGAGGUGCCAAGCGCUCUGCGGAACCUGGACUGCGCAAUCUGAGAUGCGGACGACAUUUGGAAGAAGGUAUGGUACUGACUAUUGAGCCCGGAUGCUACUUCGUAGAUGCAGUACUAGACCCUCUGUUGGCCAACCCAGAGACGGCUCGCUUUUUCAAUCAGGAGAUGCUGGCGACUUACCGCGGUUUCGGUGGUGUGCGUAUCGAG